CAUUUUUAUUUAUGGCCUUGCUUAUAAAUAAUACCCUCGAGGCUCCCAUUCGAGAUCUGUAUCUAUCUGUGUGUCUCUCCCCUUUUUCUUUCAUCCCUCCAUAACCCUUUUACAAAUAGUUGAUAGUAAUUGUAUAAACCCCAAUUCUUAAACCCCUUUAUAUUUUCAGAUUUUAAAACCCUAAACUUUUUAGAUUGUAUUAAUUACACUUUUCUUGGUUGCUAACAAUUGGGUUCUGGAGCAUUACUAAGUUCAAGUGUUGAGGUGAAUGGUGGGGUUUGUGCAAAGACCUAGAUGAUACUGGUGUUUGAAUAUGAGAGAUGAAGGUGUAGUGGAGAUUAAGAGAGAGAAAAGCAAUCUGAGUAGAAGGGCAGGAGGGGACGAAUUCGGACGUGCAGUAUCAAGAAUUGCGGUUGCUCAGAUAUGUGAAAGUGUGGGGUUUGAGAGUUUUAAUGAGUCUGCAUUGGAUGCUCUUGCUGAUAUUGCGGUUAGGUACCUUCGUGAUUUAGGAAGGUCGGCUAGUUUUAAUACUAAUUUAGCUGGGAGGACGGAGACUAAUGUGUUUGAUAUAAUUCGAGGGUUGGAGGAUUUGAGUGCUUCAACUGGAUUUUUAGGUGCGUCGGGAGAUAGUGUUUGUUUAGCGGAGUCGGGAACUGUGAGAGGGAUUAUAGAGUAUGUUGAAACAGCAGAAGAAGUUCCGUUUGUUCAGCCAGUUCCCAAUUUUCCCAUAGUAAAGAAACCAAGUAGAAUUCCCAGUUUUGUGCAAAUGGGUGAGACACCAGCUUUUAAACAUGUUCCUGCGUGGCUGCCGGCGUUUCCUGAUCCCCAUACAUAUAUCCAUACACCAAUGUGGAAUGAAAGAAAGACAGAUCCCCGUGCUGAUAAAAUUGAGCUUGCUAGGCAACGAAGAAAGGCAGAAAGUUCUUUGUUGAACUUGCAACAAAGAAUAAUGUGUAAUGGCUCAGCUGUAGCUUCUACCUCGACCAAGUUAGACAAUGGCUUCGUGGCAGGUGAAAGCAAAAACCCCUACCUUGCUGCUCCUUUUAAAGCAGGAGAAAAAGAUGUUUCAACAAUAGUUAUGCCAUCGAAACUGUCGGAAGAAGGGCGUGAAAAUAAGCAUGUUUCUCUGUUAGAGACAUUUGCUCCUGCAAUUGAAGCAAUAAAGGAAGGUAUUAGUGAAUUUGGAGAUGGUGCUGGAACUAGUAUCCCGGAUAAGAGGCUAGCUGUUCGUUUGAACUUUAAAACUGCUAGAAAAGCAUUUUUAUGUGAAUCUCCGGACUUGAGCCUUCUGAAAAAAGGUGGACAGGCAUCAUUUUGGUUUGGAAGAGAUGAAGAUAGGGAUGACAAAAAGAGGAGAGCUGAGUUGAUCAUUAGACAGUCUAUGGAAAACCCAAUGGACCUCACUCAGUUGUAAAUUAGUUCAUUAUCAUGUGCUCAUCUCAGAUCAAUUUCGAGUUCAGAAAAUAGAAGCGGAUUAGGGAGUCAAUAGUCAUCCAUUGUACUGUAGUUACAGAGUAGCCUUUCUGACUAGAUAUUUUUCGUAGUCCCAGAGUUACAAGGUACGACAGUGUUUCUUAGACUUUUCAGCAUUAUAGCCUUCGUUUUUUUUUUUAUAUAGUAAUUGAUUUGUAGCUUAUUCUUUUAACUCCAUGUUGUCGAAUGAUGCGUGUAUUUUCUAAACCCCAAGUGGUGAAUGUCAGAAAUCACAGAGGUCUUUAGAGAUAA